CUCCAUUGGCCAGCAGCGGCCACGAGACAUCUAGCCUUUAUUAUAGAUAUCUAUGGAUGUAUCAGCCUAGCCUACUAGAGCAGUUUAUUAUGGCUCAAAAACGUGGAGGUUAUCAGAAGUAUUUGGAGAGCGAAUCAGACGAGAUUCCAAGGAGAACCAAGUACAGAUGGAAAAGACAGAGAAAGAGAGAGGAGGACUUGGCGCAUUCCCAAGAAAACCUGGGCAAGGGUUCCAGGGUUGCAAUGCCUGGAUCUUCAAAGGCAAAGGAAAAUGCAUCUGAUCCUGAAGAGGGCAUGAGCGGUGAAAACACAGGACCUAGUAGAGACUUGAUGCAAGGAGAUUCUGAUGAAGACAGCAUGCCUGGGCCUUCAAUGAGUGAGGAAGAGGCAUCUCGUUUUGAGGAGAGCCAGGCUGAUGAGGAGAAUCUUGAGGGCACGGGCGGUGAAAACGAAGGAGCCAGUAGAGACUUGACGCAGGGAGAUUCAGAUGAAGAAAGCAUGACUGGGCCUUCAGUGAAUGAGGACGAUCCAUCAGAUCCUGGAGAGAACCUGUCUGAUGAUGGUGUGAUUGCUGGAAGUCAAGGAGCCGAGGAAGAUUUGAUUCAAGUUGAAGCUGAUGCGGACAGCAUGCCUGUGUCUUCAGAAGACAAACCAACAGAUGAUCUGUUGUUUCCUGGGGCAAGUUUUACAAAAAAAGAGACUGUAUUGAUGCUGAUGUCUUAUGUGUUACGGCAUAAUUUAACCAGCGAAGCAGUAAGUCACUUAUUGGAAAUGUUUAACAUAAUGUUUCCAGGUCUUAUCCUGGCAUCACAUUACCUCUUCAACAAAGAAUUUGGUAGUUACUCUGAUUUUGAUGUUCACUUCUAUUGUGAAAACUGUCUGACAUACUUUGGCAUUAGAGCAGACUGCCCUUCUCAGUGUAACUCAUGCAACACAGUUUUUGACGCUGAAGCAAAUUUAAAGAAGGGCAUUUACUUAAUUGUUUUGCCACUUUAUGGACAGAUAAAGCAACUGUUAGAAGUACAUGAUGUAACUCUUAAUGAGAAAACUACAACCACUGGGGUUUUUUCUGACACAGAGUCUGGUCAAGAAUAUCAAAAACUAUGUGACACUGGAGUUCUCAGAAAGGAUGAUUUGUCUCUUAUUUGGAACUGUGAUGGUGCACCAGUCUUCAAGAGUUCCAAAUGUAGCAUUUGGCCCAUCCAGUGUCAGAUAAUAGAGCUAAAACCAGAAGUGAGGAAAAAACAUGUUUUGGUGUCAGCGUUGUGGUUUGGGCCAGGUAAACCAUCUGUAUUUACAUUACUAACACCCUUUGUUAAAGAGGCCUCACUGUUGGAGAAGAAAGGUGUUGAAUGGCAAGAUGUUCAGGGAAACAAUCGCAUCUCAAAAGUGUUUGUUCUAAUCUCGAGCUGUGACUCGGUUGCUCGUCCGAUGCUACGUAACACAAGGCAGUUCAAUGGUCGCUAUGGUUGUGACUUUUGUUACCAUGAAGGCGGUAAAAACUAUCCGUACCAGAACCUAAACUUAGAAAUGAAAAAGAUCAUUACAGGCAUGCAAUGGUUGGUACAGAGAAAACCCCAGUGUAUGGAGUCAAAGGGCCAUCUCCUUUAAUGAAGCUUGAGCAUUUUCAGUUGAUAAAUGGUUUUGUCCCAGAGUACCAACACAAUGUGUGCUUGGGAGUCACUCGUCAGAUAGCUUCAUUGUGGUUUGAUACUGAAAACCACGAGAGGCCCUGGUAUACCGGCAGACAAAUAGAGGAAGUGAAUUGACGACUGAAACAAAUAAAACCUCCUGUUGAGGUAACAAGGACCCCAAGAUCGCUUAAUGAGAGGAAAUUUUGGAAAGCUUCGGAGUGGCGAGCGUUUCUCCUCUUUUAUGCUCUGCCUGCUUUAAAAGGCAUACUCCCUGCCCGGUUUUGGAACCAUUUUUUCUUACUCGUUUUUAGCAUGUAUACACUACUACAAGAUCAGGUCAAGUCUAGCUGUACAUUCAUGUCUGAACUGUCUCUAAAGAAAUUUGUGAUACAAUUCCAGAGACUCUAUGGCGAACACAACAUGUCAUUCAACAUACAUUUGCUAACACAUGUCCACCAGAGUGUAAGACAUUGGGGUCCAUUAUGGGCUACGUCGACAUUUGUAUUUGAAUCUAAUAUGGGCACUCUGCUAAAGUAUUUUCACGGAACCCAAUAUGUCCCCUCCCAAAUUGCUUCUAAGUUCCUCUUGUGGAGAGAGUUGCCAAAAAGGUUCAAACAGAUAAGAUGUCCAAAGUUUCAGUCCUUUGUCGAAAAAAUGCACUUUAAUGAACGAAGAACUGAAAAAUGCGAGGUACUGAAUGAAAGUGUUACAGGGUUUGGGCACCCCCCUGUGAGAGCAAAUGUGACAAAUAGGCAUGCUAUACAAAACUUGUGUCGAUCUUUGGGUAACCACUUUACUGUUGGUGACUGCUUUUGGUCAUAUAGACGUUUUUUGAUUGAUGGAGUGCUGUACCACAGUGAAAGGUAUGAAAGGCAAAAAAAAAGAUCUAACAAUGCAGCACGCUUGAAUGAUGGCACAUUUUGCCUGCUUGGCGACCUUGUGGUUUUUAAAAGCAGCUGUGAACAUCAAAGCCCUGCAACUUGUGAGUGUGAGAAAAAUUGUUGUAUUUUAGUUGAGAUGCUGAAAACAAACAGAAGGCCAGUGUGUAAAGACCCGCAAGUUGGGGUAGUGAGUAGUUUCAUCCAUGUUGUUGAGAAGACUGGUAAUAUUUGUGCGAUCUGGCCAAAUAUGGUUCAGAAGAAAUGUGUUUUGGUUGAAGUUGAUCAUUUGUAUGUAAUCCCAUUGCCGAAUGUGCAUGAACGUGACUAGACUGCCCUGCAACUUGUGAAUAUGAGAUGCUGAAAACAAACAGAAGGCCAGCAUGAAUCAUUCAUAGAUACUGAAUACUAACAAUGGAUUAUUAUAUAUUAUACAGUACAGGCCAAAAGUUUGGACACACCUUCUCAUUCAAUGCGUUUUCUUUAUUUU